AUGAAUGUGACUUUUGAUAAUCGAUUAAGUCGAAGUUUGGAGUUGUAUCCGUCGGUAAUUAUUGAAGAUUCUAUCGAUGAAUGUUUAGUCGACCCGAAUCUAAGUGUAUCGGCGAUGAUCGACCAGUACAAUAUUUCGACGAAAAAUGAUGUCGAGAAAAAGUUGACUAAAAAGGAUUUGACUUGUGCUGUAUGUGGUGCCCAAGCCUUUGGCUAUAAUUUUGAUCAGAUUUCAUGUGAAAGUUGUAAAGCUUUCUUUCGACGCAAUGCCUUGAAGAAUUUGAAAGAUUUACAAUGUCGAUUUUCUGGUACUUGUGAUGUAACAGCUGAAACGCGUCGGCACUGCUCUCACUGUCGGAUUAAGAAAUGUUUUGCAGUAGGUAUGAGAAAAGAAUGGAUACGAAGUGAAGAAGAAAAACAAAAACGGCUCGGUCAAUUGAAACACACUCGUCGUCAUAAGUUAUCUCUGGAACAUAUUAAAAAGACACCUGUACCUCAGUCUAUAUCUCCAUACUAUUCGUCAAAUUUGACUUCACUCGAUCGCGUUCGUCUGAAUAAUAUUACGCAUUGUUAUGAUCAAUUCAGUCGUGAACCAAGUACAUUGUGCAUGUCUCGUCCUCCCGAAAGCCUCAAAUUGCGUAUCCAUGAAUUCUACGACCGAAAACGACCAGUCUUUGUCAACCUGAUCAACUAUUUUAAGCAUUUACCGGAAUUACAAGCGCUUCACGUUGAUGAUCAAGUUCACUUAAUCAAGCAAAAUCUUCGUUUGAUCGGUCCUUUAAACUAUGCGCUUAUCAGAACAUAUAAGACUCAACAUGUCGUUCCAAAAAUUGAAACAGUCGGUUGUGUAAAUAACGCUAAUAUUCAUUGCAUGUAUCGUUCCCUGGCAGAUAUGUUUAUGGGAUUCACUAAAUAUGAUCCAAUAAUUAUAAAGAUAUUUCUUAUUAUUUUAUUCUUUACAUCCGAUGCUGUCACAACAACAUCGAUCUUUCAAAUCACACGAUACGAGCAAUCGAAGCGUAUUAAAGACAUCCAAUAUUCAUAUUUAGAAUUGCUAUGGCUGUACAUGCUGGAGAAAUUCGGCGAACGAGAUGCAAUAAUUUUAUUUACGAAGAUGAUAACGAAAUACUUACAUAUCCAAGUAGUCGUUGAUCAGAUUGAUUCCAUUGUUCGAAUGAAUAGCGAUGUGGAUAAAAUCGAUUCGUUGAUGCAGACCAUCUUGCAGUUGACCUGA